AUGGCUCAGUUGAAAAGACGGGCGUCUGACACUAUCGACACAGAGAGUCCAUGGUCAGGGACCGGCAAAUCAAUCCACAAAAAGACCUUGAUUGAGGCACUUGAAAAUGGAGCGCAAGUCAACGGGUCCGAAGUACACGAGGAGUCUGGCAACGCAGACGAAGACGAAAGUGGAUCAGAGGAGGAGCAGGAUGGAGCAAGGAAGCAGCGUCGUGUGGGCCAGAUUAGCGCCCAGGACGUACAAGUAGCGCGAGCCACCGCUGAACUGUUCAAAUCUAAUAUUUUCAAGCUGCAGAUCGACGAGCUCUUGCAGCAGAUUAAGCUAAAGGACUCACACAUCUUGCGAGUCGAAAAGUUUUUGCACAAGCUCUAUGAUACAAUCCAAAAGGUACCCGAAUGGGAACCGACCACGCUGGCCGACGUCGAGUCCUAUUUUAAGGGCAAGAUUGUCUCUGUUCCUUUCACGGACCCAAAGCCUGCUCCCUCCGUUCAAUACAAGUUCGAUUACAAGACCCCCGACGUGUCGUUGAUCGGCUCGUUUGCCCUCAAGUGUGCCACCUAUGACCCAAAGGGCUCCUCGGUUGACGUGUUACUCACAAUGCCAAUGGAGCUCUUCGAUAAGAAGGACUUUCUCAACUUCAGGUGCAUUCACAAAAGAAGCGUCUAUCUGGCUUAUUUUGUACAUCAUCUUUCCGUACUUUUCGCUAAGGACCAGUUAUCGGAGUUUUUGCAAUUCAAUUAUGACUACCUGAAUGAUGAUCCAUUAUGCCCUAUCCUGCGACUUCAGUGCAAACCUGGCGGCUCUUCUGAAUACAAUUUUUACAAGACCAAUUUCUCCAUCAACAUAAUAAUCGGUUUCCCAUAUGGCUUUUUCGAUGCCAAGAAGCUUCUUCCUAAUAAAAACUGCAUCAGGGUACAAGAAGACAAGGACACGAUGACUCCACUUUAUAAUUUCUCUGUUCUCUCCUCGUCUACUCAUGACCAUUAUUUGAAAUUCUUGUACAAGACUAAGAAACAAACAGAAGCGUUUAAAGAUGCAUGCAUGCUCGGUAAGUUAUGGCUCAAGCAGAGAGGUUUUUCCUCUAAAUCAGCCCAUUCCGGAGGAUUAGGUGGUUUUGGCUCGUUUGAAUUCGCCACAUUAAUGAGUGCGCUUUUAUGUGGUGGUGGUGUAAACGGCAAUAAGAUUUUACUGCACGGUUUCUCAUCUUACCAGCUUUUUAAAGGUGUCAUGAAGUAUUUGGCCACAAUGGAUCUCUGUUCUCAAGGUCAUCUUCAAUUUUAUUCCGAUCUAAGUCCUUCUUCAAAUUUACCUACAUCCAGGUAUCUCGCAGAAGGCUUUCAAACUCCUACCAUAUUCGAUAAAACCACAAAAGUUAACAUUCUAACUAAAAUGUCGGUAAGGUCUUACCAAGCCCUUCAGAUUCAUGCCCGUGAAACAUUUGGCCUAUUAAGCGACGUGGUGAGAGACCAGUUCUCAAACAUAUUUUUGACUAACUUGAACAGAUGCCAAGAAAUAAAGUAUGACAUGACUUUUGAUUUGGACCUACCGACCCAGUCAGUAAUACUUGACAAGUUCGGUCCUACCGAAAAGAUAAAAUUUGUCAGUCUUGAAAAUUUUGUGGUCAAUAAAAUUUCUAAUGUUGCUAAAAUCGCUUUGGGUGAAAGAAUAAAGUCUUUUGAGGUCGAACUAGUUAAUUACAAGACUUGGUUCCCAAUAAGUAAGAGAAAGCCGAACAGCAGCUCCAAUAUCGCAAACAUUAAGAUUCAUGUUCUUGUCAAUCCUAAUGAAUCAGAAAAGCUAGUUACCAAAGGGCCACUGAACACAGAAGAAAACACAUCUGAAGCUAUGGCGUUCAGAAAUUUCUGGGGCAAAAAGUCCUCUUUACGUCGCUUCAAAGACGGAUCUAUCACGAACUGUUGUGUUUGGAAUACUUCAGCUUCGGAACCAGUAAUUUUCGAUAUUUUGAGCUACAUCUUCAAAUUGCAUUUGGCAGAAAAUGCCAAGCUUUCAAACUCUACAUCAAAGCAGUUCCAAGAAUUGUUGCCAUUACCAAAUCUCCCAGCUAGUUCAAGCUUGUCUGUUUUGAGUUUGGGUAGUUUUUACAACGUACGCAAGUCUUUCGACGCGCUUUCCGGUUUUUUGUUCAAGUUAAGUUUGCCGCUUUCGAUCAAAUCUGUCUUGCCUGUCGGACCAGCAUUUAGGUACACGACAACGUGUCAACCUGUCCCAUUUGCGUAUUCAAAUCCAGAUUUUCUGCAAGAUGUCAUCCUAGAGUUUGAGUCUUCUCCUAAAUGGCCGGACGAGAUAACUUCUCUUGAAAAAGCCAAAACUGCAUUUUUACUAAAGGUUGAAGAGGAACUCUUGUCCUCAAAUAGCGAGUACAAAACCUUUUUCGCGAGAGACGAGUCAAUCCCCUACAAUCUAGAGAUUGUCACUCUUAAUGUCCUGACUCCAGAGGGCUACGGAUUCAAAAUAAGAGUGCUCACGGAACGUGAUGAAGUGUUGUAUUUGAGAGCCAUUAGCAACGCGCGGAACGAAGUCAAACCGGAAUUGGAGAAAGUGUUUUUGAAAUUCACCGCAAAGUACUUGGCGUCUGCCAGACACAACAGAACUCUGGAAACCCUAGCGCACAGCCAUCCCUUGUAUCCUCCGGUAGUAAGAUUAUUCAAAAAAUGGCUGGAUUGUCAUCUCCUGCUAACGCACCUACCAGAAGAAUUAGUCGAACUGAUUGCCAUGAAACCUUUUGUUGAAUGCGCUCCGUACUUUGUCCCAGGUUCUGUGGAAAACGGGUUUCUGAAAAUCAUCAAAUUUUUAAGUCAGUGGAAUUGGAGAGAAGAUCCCUUGAUUUUAGACCUUGUUAAACCAGAGGAACUUGAAUUGGGUUCGGCUGUCGGCUCGGCCAACGGAAUUGAUUUGGAUGCCAAAGUCAGCGACAGUUUAAGAGAUAACCUCACUCUUUCACAGAUUAAAGCCAUUCAAAGUAAUUUCACGACUCUCAGAAAAAGUGAUCCCCAGGGUUUGGGCAUUCAGUUUUUCGUUGCAUCGAAGAGCGAUCCAAGCGGAAUUUUGUAUUCCAGCGGUAUCCCUCUUCCUAUUGCCACGAGAUUGACGGCAUUAUCAAAGGUUGCCUAUAAUCUAAUCCAGACCCACGGCUUGAACAAGCAAACAGUUGAUUUGUUGUUUACCCCAGCAUUAAAGGACUACGAUUUCGUAGUUAAGCUCAGGAUGCCUACUCCCUUGAAACUUUCAUCCGGUGUGCUAGAGACGAAUGGCUUCAAAAAUCUGGACCAGCAGCAAUCGUCUUUCCCCAAAGACUUGUCACAGAUGAGUGACAAAAUGGAUCCUUCCUUUCAACUUGUGAAAUAUCUGAAUAUGAAGUACAAAAACAGCAUAAUCUUCUCGAGUCACCGCUAUCCUGGGAUUAACGGCGGAGAGAAAGGUGAUCAAAAUGUCAUCACUGGUUUGAUCAGGCCAAAUUUUAAGAGCCCUGUGAAGUUUAGAGUGAACAUGGACGCCAACGUCAAACCUGUGAGUACUGAGCAGGUGAUUUUGAACAAAGAGGCAAUUUUCAAUGAAAUCGCGGUGUUUGGUGAUGAACUUAUUACCGAAUUUGAAUUUAACUAG